GAAAGAUAUGCAAAUUUCUACGAGUUUCCACGUGUUGCUUGCGGCGUGUUCGUAAAUUGAUAUUUCGGAUGACGCAUCAGUCGAUCGAUUGUUUUGGUAGAUGUCAAUUCACUUUCCAAUGCUUUUGCAUACGUUUGUUUAUAAUUUAGGAACGAAAAGCAUCGCUAAAAAAAAUCACUGUGAUAAAAAAAUCAAUUUACGAACACGCCGUUAGAUUUUCACGCAUGGCUGUCGCCGCAGCACAGCUUUUAACUGGAUUAACAAGCAGCCCAAUGCUGGAUAAAAAAAAGGCAACUUGAUUAUGAACGCCCCGUAAUUUCGACACUUGUUGCAUAUCAACAAGCACCUUAGCAACGAUGAUAAACAACGAUUUGAUUUAGUGAGUUCUAUAAAAAAAGAUUUCUAUCUUGCUCGAAAUGGCGCUGCAAUAUAUGGCCAGUGUGAAAACCCAUUGGGUUAAACCACGUGAUGUUCGUUCAGCAUGUUUUGUCGGCCGAGAGGCGAUUGCCAUUGGGAUGGAUUGCCAUAUCCUUCUUUAUAAUAUCGGAUCCAGUGCAGAAAGUUUCUACCGAGCAACGGAUGAAUCAAGUGGAAGGGGUGUUUCCUGCCUAACUGGCCACCGCAACUUCAGCAUUUACGCUUUUGCUGAAAGUUGUACCCUGCCAAAGAUUUUCGUGGUUGCAUAUCCGGCCAAUUCGGUGCUGUUCAAUUUAGAAGGAGAUGGAAAAUCGGCUAGUUAUGUUUCGUUGUGUUUUUCGGAAUCGGAAUAUUUGGUUGUACUGACCGGAGAACCGGACUAUAGCCUUGAAGUGUACGUUUGGAGGAGCAAAGAAAUUCUAAUCAAACGUCCAACCGGAGUUUUGACCAAUUUACAACGUGUUUUAUUUAGCCCAGCAGCAACGUUGACCGUUUGUCAGCUAGCUUACACCAAGUCUAUCAUAAAACUUUGGGAGAUUCACGGCAACGUAAGAUUUUGUAGAUUGAUCGAACGAAAUAUACGACUUCCGUUUGCAAAAGAAUAUGCCCCUUUGGAUUGUUGCUUUGCCAUCGAUGGAACACUUAUGAUUGCCAACAGUCACGGAGCCGUAUAUUGUUACAACAGCUCAACUGGACAGCUAAUCCAGAUUAUCAAACCAUCAGUUAAGCAUCCAACUGAAAUUCAGACUUGUCUAUUCUACUGCAAAGGAGGAUUAUUGCUGAAUGAACCCACAGGAAUUUUAAGCUACUUUAAACGUCAGAAAGGAAGCUGGAAUCAACUAUGGGAUGUUUCCCCUCCUGAACCGUUUUUAAAUUUGAUAAACUACUCUUCAAAUGAUGGUCUCUAUGCAACGACGGUGACGGGUAGCAUUAUUCGAAUGACCGUCGAAAAUGAACCGCGAAAUGUAAUUUUUUCAACUGUUAAGCACUUUAACUGUGGUUUUACUGAAUUUGUACUUUUAAAUCCAUUGGGAGAAAUAGUGCUCGCUACAUCGAUAUCGAAGGAAAUUGUCGUGUUUGAAGUGGAAUCGGGCAGCAAAUUAAACAGUUUCACUAUCGAAGCAAUGAGCUGCAUUCGGGCGAAUCCAUUGUAUCCAUUUAUUGCUGUUGGAACGCUUAGUGGUACAGUUACACUGGUUUCCGUUUAUAAUGCCCGUGAGCACAAAAUCCUUGCUGAUUUUCAUCUCAGCAAUAACUCCAUAGUUAAUGUAGAAUUCUCAGAAGAUGCUGCUAAUAUGGCAGUAUGUGAUGAUAGCAGAAAUAUGUUUAUUUUGAAAGGUCUGCCAGGAAGCAACAUAGAAGUAGUCUUUCACUUAGAGAUGUCAGAAGUCUUACAACAACCUCUUUUCUAUGCUAAUGAUGGUAUUUUUCAAAUAUUGGGAUUAGUGGAGGAAAACGACCUUCAAAUGUGUGAUACACUACAGGCAGUGACUAUCAAUCCCAUUAGUAAAAAUUUCCAAACUGGAGUUGUUUCGUUACCUAAAAAGUACUGUCAAAUCGAAAGGAAGUGGAAUCAUAUCAACAGAUUCUACGCCAUUGUCAGUUUGUCUAACGAUAUUGAUAUACUAGACCUGAAUUUCGGUGAAAACGAAGAAGAAAUUACAAUCAAAAUAUUUUCCACAUUCAAGGUGAAGCAUCAGAUCCCAUAUUUUCAAAUUGGCUUAAGUGACCAGUUUCAUAUGAUAAGUUGGAGUGUCGACGGUUUGGCAUCACUUUACGAUGCCAAAACUGAUAAACUACUGGCCUAUUUUAUCAGUCACGAUCGAGCCCAAAAUGGCAUUCAAGCGGUACGAACCGAUCCAUUGCAUCAAUACGUUAUAUCACUUGGUUAUGCUGGAAUAUUGGUCUGCUCAAAAAUGCACCGCAGCACCAAGAACCUAGCCUACCUGCAUGAAAUGAGACUCGAUCUGGAAACGGAUGAUGUUGCCGCCAUGUUUUGCAAACGUCUCGAUGAUAUUGGAUCACCAAGCUCACGCUGGGUGGAUUUGGAGAAAAUCCUUUGUUUGGAAAACGAAAAACUUGGAUACGAACCCAGAAAACUAGAGCUUUUGGAGGAAUUUAAAUCUGUUAAAUUAGAACUACGCUUUCUACUCGAUGCCAACGAAGAGACACAGGAAGAAGAACAACUACCCAUACAAGCUUUUAAUCUGAAUGCGAUUAUGAUGGAGCAAUUAAAAAAUAAGGCUAAAGAGGAUUGCGAAGUGGAAUAUCAAAAACUUCUCAACUAUAUAAUUCAUCAAAAUGAGGUUAAUGGAAAAAUAGUUCAAAAAUGUUGGGAAAUUAUGGAACGUAAACCAAUUAAAGUAAGAUCUAUAUUUACCAAAUUGGCCUUGGAAAACUAUCCCUGUUUACCGAGAGAAAUAGACGAAGAUUUCUUGCAGAAAAUUAAUAUCUACCGUCAAACUGAACUAAUGGCCAGUCAUGAUGCGCUGCUUCCCUGGAAACCAACCCCUACUUAUCAGUUGGAAUCGAUCUUGAACCGUGAUCCAGACUACGGAAAUGUUAUCGAUGUACUUUCUCGUGCAGCAGAGAAAAAAUACUACUCGCUCACCGGAACAACCUCUCAUUUAUUUGUUGAACCAACGGCUCUGCGACUUGAGCAGCUAGAAGUUGUUACCUUUGAGCAGCUUUACUUUGAAAAAAUACAUGGAAAUACUGAAAUGAUUAAACUGAGAGACUAUUUUAAUAAGAAAUUUGACAAUCUAAAACAAUUGAAAGAUAAUGAAAUGGAUACGGUUAUCAAACGCAACCAACGACUUCGGGUCAUUCAUCAAGAGCUGGCCACAAUCUGCAAGUUACUGGAGUUGGAUGAAUAUGAACCAGAUCAUGUGACGGAUCCUAGAUACAACCCGGAUGAAAUUCCAGAAACUAUUGUAAAAACAGAUGAUCAAGAAAUUUCUGUUCCUCCAUAUCUAACACCCAGCAUGGAAAAUUUGAAAGCUUUAGAGAAAGCAGAACGAGAACGGAGACAACGCGAAUUGAUGGCAGAUGAUUUCAAGGAUCGAGCUUUGAUUGUCAUGAUGGAUGGAGUGCUGGAACAUCGCUGGGAAGACGAGAUCAAAAAAACACCCCCAGUUCCAGCUUGUUUGGAAACUGGUAAAGAUCCUACUCAUUAUAAUGAAACUGAUCUUCGUGAAGUGCAGGAAUACGAAGAUCAAAUUGAGUUCUUACAUAACGAAAGAAUGCGCUACAGGCAACUUUUAAUGGAAGAGAAAGCAGAUAUUUUGGAUGCUCUUGAAAAUCAAAUCCAAAGGUUUAAUACUAAGGUUGGGGAGGGGUUGCUGGAGAAAAUACGUAUUGAAUCAGCCAUUAGAGAGGAGGAAAUGAGAAUUUUAAGAAAUGCUUUUUAUAACCAUAAACGUUUGAUGUACGAACGUAACAUUCGUAGACUAAGGAGCGAAAUAGACGUUUAUCAUAAGCAUAUUGAAGAGUCGACUGAAACCAUGAACGAACUUCAAGAAAAAGUAAUAGAUUGCAAGAACACAUACGAAAACUUAUGCACCAAAGAUAAAAUGCUCGAUAAGCAAUUUAAAGUUAACUUCUCAGAUACUGCUCAGUCGGCAAUCAUUGAUCAAGCGUACAAAAUUUUCAAGAAACGUCCAAAAGCACAAUUACGUGCAGUUGUUACCGUGUCCAUAUUUCAAGAUUUAGCCAAACGAAUCACUUCGAAAAAAGGGUCUCAUCAUACUGAUGUGUUGCUUCCGCAAGAGUGUGUUGAAUAUUUGACCGCAUGUGAUGUCCUCGAUCAACAAUCCAACUGUCCUGCGGGAAUGGACGCCAAUCUUUGGCAGACACUUUGUCGAAUGCGACGAAUAAAGUUGGAAAGCGAGUUCAGGAUGAAAAGUUGUGAAAUUCAGCUAGCGGAUUCAGAAGCUGGAUUGAAUGCGUUUCAAAGAGAAAUUGUGAUAAAGAAAAAUUUCCUAUCUCUGCAAGAAGUUAAACAAGCUGAAUUGCAGAAGAAUAAGUUUGAGGAUUCUACUAACCGUACCGUUCAGAUUGUGUUGAAACGAGGAUUGAUUGAGGUUCCGAUGUCAGGCGAAACACUAGAUUUCGACAACUGCAUUUUAAUUCACCGCAGUGAUGUUGAUGAUAUCAAUGUCAUCAUUAAACGCGCUGGAGCAAAAAAGCUAAAAGCAAUGGUAAACGCUGCUUUGUUCCGCAGGAAAAUUAUAGCGAAAGAAUGGGACCAUCAAGCCAUGAGACUUAAAAUAAGAGACAUGAAUGACCAAAUUAAAAUGGUGGAAAAAUGCAAGAUUACCAAGGAAGUCCAGGAUUGGUUGAAGCGUAAAGAAGCCGGAAAGGUCGAAGACUUAGGUCAGCUAGCAUUGGAGCGAGAAAUUGAAAAUACCAUUUUUAUGCAGGAGAAAAUGUUGGCCGAAGUGAAAAAAUCAUUACAAGAAAUAGAGGAUAGAAUCAUCGCAAAGAGGAAGGAGAACAAGUUACUUGACAAGCAAACACAAGAUUUGAAUGUAGAUGUGACCGAGCAGCACUUGCGGAAAAAUACUGAGCUUGAAGAGGCCGUGGAAAAAGCAUCGCAGACUCGGAUGCUGGCAAUUAUUGAGCGUGCUCGUUUGGUGCGAUUGGUGCAGGCCCAACAUGCUCAAAUAUUAGAACUAGGUACAAUGCUGGAGCUGCAAAGAUUGAAAACUUAUCCUACUCUAACCGCACCUACAGCGGCAGCCGACAGUAGCACAAAAAUCGUUAAGGUUUGAAAAUAACUCCAACUUCAACUUAUUUAAAAAUAAUUCCACUGUCAAAAUGUAAUAAAAUAUUGUAAAUACUAUUCAACAUUAA